AGCUGGUUCCAAACAGCUGAUUUCUUUUCCGCGACUCGGCAUUUCACGUUUGUUUAUAGUUUGUUUUUAGCUGCAAAAUUUGCUUUAUUAAACAAUAAGCAAUGGAGGUGGAGUUUAGCAAGGACAACUUUCUGCUGCCGGAGAUGAAGUACGAAUACUUGGACCACACGGCGGAUGUGCAAAUCCACGGCUGGGGGACGAGUCUAAAGGAGGCGUUCGAGCAGUGCGGAGUGGCCAUGUUCGGAUAUAUGACCGAGCUAGAUUACGUGUCUGUGGAGCAAUGCUUCGAGAUCGAAGCCCAAGGUGACGAUCUGGAGGGACUUCUCUUCCACUUUCUUGACGAGCUGCUGUUCCUCUUCUCUGCCGAACCAUAUUUGGUGUGCAAAAAGCUGGAAAUUACAAAGUUUGACUUGGAAACCUUCGAGAUCUCAUGUCGCUGUUACGGGGAACCCUUCGAGCUGGGAAAACAUCCGCAGGGAACUGAGGUGAAGGCAAUAACAUACUCCGCCAUGCAAAUCGUUCAGGACGCGGAGGCCAGCAACUACGAGGUGUUUGUCAUAAUUGACAUUUGAGCCAGCUCCGAUUGCCGGGAAUUAAAUGUGACUGUUCCGUUUCAACCCCUUUGCCUGUCUCCAUUAAUCAUAAGUAAAAUGCCAAAAAAAAACACAUAAAACCGCUGCAUAAGCCCCGAAAA